GGUGGUCUGCAGACGUGCGGAGAGAAACGGGGCUCCGGUGCUGAGGCAGGAGGCAGGAGGCAGGAGGAGGGACGGAACCGGCAGCAUCUCCCGAGUUCUGUACAUUUAGACUUCUGCCCCCUGCUGGCUGUUUGUGAGAAUGCAGGUUUAAGGGAGUUGGUCCAAUCAGUGCUCGUCUUCCUGCUGAGCCAGUCGACUGUGUUCGAGCCCCGGACUGCUGAUCUACAUGAUGAGGGAAGCUUUGUGAGGCGAGAACAUCAGAACCUGUCUUCUCUGUCUGCUGCCUCCAUCGAGCCACAGUCCUGAAGCACCAUGGGAGGCGUGGCGGUGGACGUGGAUGCAGGGGGUGUGAAGGCUCCAGAUGGAGGGUGGGGUUGGGUGGUGCUGGCCGGAUGUUUCGUCAUCACGGGCUUCUCCUACGCUUUCCCCAAAGCAGUCAGUGUGUUCUUCAAAGAGCUGAUCAGGGAGUUUGGCGUGGGAUACAGCGACACCGCCUGGAUCUCCUCCAUACUGCUGGCCAUGCUGUACGGCACAGGUCCUCUGUGCAGCGUUCUGGUGAACCGCUUCGGCUGUCGUCCGGUGAUGAUGGUCGGAGGCAUCUUUGCCUCUCUGGGAAUGAUCCUGGCCUCGUUCUCCACCAGCAUCAUCCACAUCUACCUCUCUACUGGAGUCAUUACAGGUCUGGGAUUAGCCCUGAACUUCCAACCAUCUCUGAUCAUGCUGAACCGCUACUUCAACGAGAAGCGUCCUCUGGCCAACGGGCUCUCGGCAGCCGGCAGCCCGGUGGCCCUGUGCUGCCUCUCUCCACUGGGGCAGGUCCUUCAGUACCAGUAUGGAUGGAGGGGUGGUUUCCUCAUCCUAGGUGGCAUUCUGCUGAACUGCUGUGUGUGUGGGGCCCUCAUGAAGCCUCUCGUUGCCCCUAAAACCACCAUCGCCAAGGAGCUGGGACAGGACAACGACAAAGAUGGGGAAGAAAAGAUGAAGAAGAAGCCUAAAGCGAAGCUGCUGGACUUCUCUGUCUUUAAAGACUGUGGCUUCGUCAUCUACACCGUGGCAGCUUCCAUCAUGGUGUUGGGGCUGUUCGUGCCUCCGGUGUUCGUCGUGAGCUACGCUAAGGAGCUGGGGAACGAGGACACCAAAUCUGCCCUGCUGCUAACCAUCCUGGGCUUCAUUGACAUUUUUGCUCGGCCCACGUGUGGCGUGAUCGCCGGACUGAAAUGGGUUCGGCCUCGAUGUGUCUACCUCUUCAGCUUCGCUCUGAUCUUCAACGGAACCACCGACCUCAUUGGCUCACAGGCAAAGGACUAUGCAUCUCUGGUGGUCUUCUGCAUCUUCUUUGGCAUCUCCUACGGCAUGGUGGGAGCGCUGCAGUUUGAGGUUCUCAUGGCAAUAGUUGGUACUGAGAAGUUCCCCAGUGCCAUCGGCCUGGUCCUGCUCAUGGAGGCGAUCGCUGUGCUGGUGGGGCCUCCUGGUGCAGGUCGACUGCUUGAUGCCACCAAGAACUACAUGUGCGUCUUCCUGCUGGCAGGAAGUGAGGUGGUCCUCUCCGCUUUGGUUUUGGCUAUUUGCAACUUCCUGUUCAUCAGAAACACGCCGCCAGACAAACUGGAGAGCAUCACGGUGACAGAGGACGCCAAGGCAGAGACGGCGGGCAGCAAGCCGGCAGAGGUGAGCGACGAAGAGGAGAAGGGAGCGAGAGAGGAGCAAGAAAAGGAGACGAUGAAGGAGCUGAAGGAGGAAGAGGAUGAGAGAGACAAAGAGGAAGAGGCCAGACCAAAGAGCGCCACCGUGGACUCACAGGAAGUGGAAAGAUUCUUGAAAGAACCACAACCAAAUGGCAGCAUGGCCACCAGUCCUGAAACAUGCCUGUGAGUGGAGAUGAAGGACAGGAUUAUUAACCAGCCAGACAGCUCAGUGAAGUGUCCUCAUUAGCACCGUACUGGGUAGUCAGGCUUCUCCCAUAAUUCAGUGUUUGAUUCAGGUGUUUAUGUGUUGUUUGUUUGUGGGGAGGCUGAUUGGUGUCAGCAAUAUUUUAUCACUAGAUGUUGAAGUGUUGCUCAUAGUAGAUGAUAGAAUAAGCCAGUUACAGCACUGCCUUGUGUUCAUACCAGAAGUCUCAAGUUUGGGUCUUUUGGAUGUAGCCACCAGCAAAUACACUUAAGGGAUAAUUUUGUCAAUAUUCUGCAUUUUUUACUGUCAACAAAUCACAUAAAAAAGGAGCAAAUGAAAGAGGUUUAGUUAUUUCUGGUGCAGUCAUAACAUGUUCCAGUAAAGGUUAACAAUAAAAAAGUUAAAUUACAAUCAAUUUAUUUAUUUUAAAGCGUGCAAACAUGUUCUAGUAGACCCCAAAAACUAAAAUUGUAAAAAUGGGAAUGUGCAUAAUAUGGACUCUUUAAGUAGAAACGACUGGGUCACACAUACAUUGAGAGAAGGAUUAUUACAUUGUUAGUUUUGACCUUUCCAUGAGAUUUGUCAUCAAUGAGAAACGUACAGAAUUAUGCCAACCUUAUCCUUUAAAAACAAAAUGCUGCUCUUUACUCAUAAUGUCUUAUGCAGAGUCAGAAAAGCUUUGUUGUGCACAUAGAAACUCCUUUCUGUUAACGCUUAAUAUGGUGAUCGUAAUUCGAAAGUAUCUUCCCACAUGGUUGAGACAGAUUAGCUUUUAUUGAGAACAGAUUUGAAUCAGAUGGUUACUCGCUACAUGCAUGUGUUUUUGAGGGUUGUUGUGGUAGUUUUGUGAUUCCUCCUUGGAUUAGCAGCAGGUCCAGAUGUUCUCCACAUGCUUAUUGUGGUUGAAGGUUCUGUUUCACUUCCACUCCACUGUAUCUGGUCGGCUGUUAUUGUCCGGCUUAUUUGUUGUGUUGACGUGAGCACUGAAUUCACUCUAAGAGCUGCACAGAGAAAAUGUCAUGUGGGAGAGAUGCUAAACCUUUCAGGAUGGGCGGAAAGAUGCGUCUCGAUCCUGGUGGGAUGAAAAUAGACUUUAAUCAAUCAUCAGUUCAGUGAUUAGCAGAAAGCUUUUUCCUUGGUCUCAUGUUGCCUACAUGCUCUGUGUCGUCUGGACUGUCUGUGAGUGUUUCAGUGAAAUGGAAUAUUAAAGGAAUAUUUUGUUGUUUUACA